AUGGGAAAGUCUAUAGAGUUAGCAAAGAUUCUCUAUAAGAGGAAGAUAAACAUAGUCUGUGUCCAUGAGACUGGAUGGGUGGGGAACAUGGCUCGACAGGCUGAUGGGUUUGAUUUGUGGUAUUCAAGGAGGGUGAGAGGGAAGAACGUGGUAGGCAUCUUAGUUGAUAGGGAUCUAAUGGAGCUAGUGGUUGAGGUUAAAAGGGUGAAUAACAGGUUGAUGGCCAUUAAGAUAGUCGUGGGAGGGGGUGAUUUUAACGACCAUAUUGGGAGGUUGCUUGGGGGAUACGACAAUGUGCAUGGUGGCUUCAGUUUUGGAGAUAUAAACAGAGGAGGUACCUUGCUGUUGGAGUACGCCAAAGCUUUUGAGCUGGACAAGGAUCAGGAGUUGGGGGAGAAGUUGCUGGCUAUAGGGGCGAGGAGUAGCGGGGACGCGAGUUGUAUGUGGUCUAUGAUAGCGAAUUGUAUUAAAGCGACAUCGAGAAAGGUGUUAGGGGUCUCGAAGGGUUUUUCUGGUGGCCACAAAGGGAACUGGUGGUGGAACGAAGAGGUUCAAAGGAAAGUGGAAGCUAAGAAAAUGGCAUACUUGAAGCUAGUAGAGAGCAUAGACGAGGGGCAAAAGAGGGCUAACAGGAAGGCUAGGAAGGAGGCAAAGUUAGCGGUUAUUGCGGCUAAGACUGUGGCAUUUAGUAGUUUAUAA